AUGGUUGAACUGGACGUCGUCUCAGCCGACAAUUGGGAGCUCCAUGGUGCGCGCAUUGUUGUACCCACGCUGGGGAGUGCCGUGAAGCGAUUGCUUAUACACGCCAUUGAGACCUUCCCGCCUGUUCCCAUGUUUAUCGACCUAUUGAACUUGGUGUCACUUGAAUGGUUCGCAUUUAUGUCAGGCGAGAUCAGCCCGACGUUCAGGCGGAAAAUCCACAUGUGCAUCGCUUAUCACGCUCUCCCUGCCAACAGAGAUGUCGUCAACACAUCGUCCUUAGUUAACGUGUCCUACGGUACAUAUGCGGAGGUGUGGGAUUACAUUGGAUACGUAUACAUGUCUGUGCCAUGUCCAACUGGAACGACUCUUCCAAAAAAUGCACAUCCCUCAAAACUCGCACCAUGGGGCUUUGUUGAAACGCGCACACACCAACAAGACCUUCCUAACAAAAUGCUAGGCUAUGACGAGUUCGAAAAAAGCUUGUACAGAGAAACGCUUAUAUGUGCGAUCGUUCACUCCGAGGCAUCUUGGGUGCAGCACAUGCGCUUUUCAGACGGAUCUAGCAACCCGGGAUUGGGAGGGGAGACGAAGGAGAGGGUGACAUCGAGGGUGUGGGUUAAAGUGGAGCUGGAUGUUGAGGAGUCGGUGGAGGAUUAUUCGUUCUCUAUGGAAGACCCUAUAUCCCGGAGCGUGGCUCCCCAGGAGACUAUCAUCGUCGGGGUCAAGCCUGGCGAUCCUCUUUCUGACAGAAUUCAUGUCCUCGACCAGAUGCGUGGCGAGCUUGCCGAUCUCGCUCAUGCCGAGGUACAGUUGAAAAAGAUGCAAGCGGAGAGAGACGUUGCUCGAGCACGGGUUGUCCAGUUGGAGGCAUGGGUUGACCACUUGGAGGAGGCAGCGUCGCACCACGAAGCAGCAGUGACCUCCCUCACCAAUCGGUUGAUUACCGCCAUACAGGCUCGAGACGUAGCGGAGGCGCGGGUGCGCGAGGUCGAUCGGGAGGCGUUGUCUUAUCGAGAGCCGCCGUCGUCCGUCGCAAAUGGAGCCCUGACCACGCGGAACAGUCGACAGGACGACGACAACGAUAUGGGACCCCUUGCCCACCAUGAGGUAAAAGAGUCUGUUUUCUUCACUGUGGUGUCUUUAACAUUUGUCUUCUCUAAGGGUAUGGCGGCCUUGGCGUCAGCUGUGAAAUGUACCAUCUGUCGCACGCAGAUGUGGGCUGCUGUGAUCUCACCGAACCACAGGUUAACGGACUGUGGGCACAUUGCGUGUGUUGCAUGUGUGCAAAAGGCCUUUGUAGACCAGAUGUUGAACCGACCGCGGGUGGAUACUUUCCUAUGCCGAGGUGAUCCUCCUACGGAGUUCACCUGCCCAACUUGUCGAGUCGCGGUUACCCAACAUCCCGCCCUGCAGCCCAUCGUGGGCGCGGUUGCUACGGCGCUGACUAGCAUUCAUGCCCCAUCUGCAGGGUACGGAAGCUUUACGAUGAAUGAAAAUGUUCUGGCAGAGUUUUUUCCCGACGACUUUCAAAUGUUCGUAGCAUAG